UUCACCACCACCCAGGGUCUGAUGCGGAAGGCUCUAAAGAGCCUUGUUCUGCGGGCGUCUCCCGCCCCUGUGCAUCCCGGAGGGCCCUAGGGCGAGCAAGCCCUGGCUUCUCAGCCCCAGCCCGGGGGACCCGCCCUUGGACUGGGCCAGACCAGCGGGGAGGGGGUAGGUAGGUCUGGCACCCAACAGCAACGCGGCAGGGGACCAGUCUCCCCGCGCGGGUGCAGCCGCAGAAAGCCGGGCGGAAAGCUGCAGCCAUCUUCGGGGUGGAGGCGGAGAAGGGGCGCGGCCUUGGCCCGGAGCCGCCCCGGCUGAGCGGCAGCGCGGACUUCCCUGCUCCUGCGGCGCCCGGCCGGCCGCGCAGAGGCCGCCAUGGGCUGUGCGCUCUGGCUCUCGCUGAGCGGUCUCCUGGCCCUGGCGGGGCUGGUGCAGGCCAGGCUGCUGACCCCGCAUCAAGCAGGCUUCAGUGAGUGCGACCGCUUCUUCUAUGCGGAGACGCCGCCCGCCGGGCUGGAGACCGAGGCGCACGUGAGGAUCUGUCAGCGCUUCGCGGGUUCUGAGCGCUUUGCCACCCUAUACAGCCCUGGCCACCGCAUCCCCGUGUUUUCCGCGUUCCGCGCUGCGCGCCCCGCGCCUCUCAAUGCUGAGCAGCGCGGGCUGCUGGAGCCGCAGAUUGAUGACCCCGACAGCUCCCUUGAGGAGGUAAUUGAAGAGGCUGACGCUGUCACCUCCGUGAACAAUCUGGGAAGCAAGCAAGCCUUGAAUGCAGACUAUCUCGACUCUGACUAUGAAAUCGGACAGCUGUACCCAUUCCUCCUUAGCAGUGACCUCAAGAUGUCCACAUUCCCACUCACAAAUUCAGUCCCAAUGACCCAGUCUUUCCGGGAACGGUGGCACAUGAAUCUUGACAGUCUCAUGGACCGAGCCUUGAUCCCACACUGUGGUGAUGGCAAAGACCUGUACAUCAUCACAGGUGCUGUCCCCUCAGACUACAGAGUUAAGGGCAGAGUGACUAUCCCAGAAUUCCUCUGGCUGGCAGCCUGCUGUGACAUCCCUGGAGGAGGCUGGGCCAUGGGCUUCACCAAGCACACGCAGGCUAGUGAUAUCAUAGAAGAUAUUAUGGUGAGAGACCUUGAGAAGCUGCUUCCUCAAAAACCUCAGCUGUUCCGGGACAACUGUGGGGAGAUGGAGCAAGACACAGAGAAGAUGAAGAAGAUUCUGGAAGUGGUCAACCAAGUCCAAGAUGAGGAGCGGUCUCUUCAGUCUCAAGAGAGCUCGAGUCCUCUCGCCAGGGCCCAAAGCCAGAGGUCUGCCCUGCCGUCCCCAGAUGCACCAGAGGGAGGAGGCAGCUUUCUGGGAAAAGUUCUUGGUUUCCUUUUGACCCCAUUCAUCAAACUUUUCCAGUUAAUUUAUUACCUCGUGAUGACAGUCUUAAGGAAUGUACUCCAUCUCCUUUGGUUUGUGGCCAAGCAGGUCAUCAAUGGCAUUGAGAGUUGUCUGUACCGUCUGGGCUCAGCCACCGUGUCCUAUCUCAUGACCAUUGGACAAGAGUUGGUGGGCAUUCCCUGGAAAGUGCUCAAGGUGGUGGCCAAAGUCAUCAGGGCCCUUCUGCGGAUCCUCUGCUGUCUGCUGAAGACUGUCUGCCGAGCUCUGAGCAUCCCUCUCCGAGUGCUUGUGGAUGUAGCCACUUUCCCUGUGUACACCGUGGGGGCCAUUCCUGUCGUGUGCAGGGACAUUGCUGUGGGCCUGGGUGGCAUUCUCUCCCUCCUCUUUGGCACUGCUUUUGGCACCAUGGGUGGCCUGUUCCAGGUUGUUUUUAGUAUCUUCAAGCGGGUUGGCUACAAGGUUACUUUUGACAAUUUUGGGGAGUUCUAUAACCCAAACACAUCCUAGUGUCCGUUGUGGUAAAUUUCAUUAUUUUUCAAUAGGGAGCUAGACUGGUCUGUUUUUACAGCGGGUUUCCAUUCUGUCAGCUAUGGUGUUAUGUUCACCUGGGGGGAUGGGUUGUCUUUUUCUGCAAAGGAGUUUGGCACAAUUUAAAUUUGAUCUAAGAGCAAUGUUCAGGGUAGGUUCGGGGUCAUGGUCCACUGCGCACUGCAAUUAUUCAUGCAAGCGUUCCCUGAACAUGUUAACUUCAGCCCUGUGCUCUGACUCAGUUCAACACCUGGGCUGACCCAGGCUUGUUAGGAAACUAAACACAAGCGGGGAAAAGAUGGCAUUAAAAGUUAUGAGAUGUGGGGAAAGAAUCUUGUGCCUCCAAAUGCUCUUAGAGAUUUAAGGCAAAUGAUCCGAACAUUGUUGUCCAGUCUCUUGGCAUUUCCUUCUCUUCCUCCCUGACCCAACCAACCCUGGCCAUGGCCCGUGACUGCUCUGCUGCACCCCCUCCCUACAGACGCAGCCUCUGCUGCGAGUUUGACCUUUACUUGAUCUCGGGGGCUUGUUUGAUUUUCAUUUUCUUCCAAAGUUGAGUUCUGCUAAAUCACAAUUCUUAUGCCUAAUAUGGCAUAAUAAAAUUUGAAUACAACCCUGAUCAGGCUAAGUCAGGUCUCUCCAGGUGUAGAAUGGAAGGGAAACAGCAGUAAGUAGGCGCUGUGUCCAAGGGCAUUCUUAGGGAGGCUUCAUCAACUUACAUUAAAUUUCUGGUUCACAAUGUUAAACACAAAGAUUUGCAUGUUAAUCUAAUAAUAUGAAACUUCAUAUUUUGCGACAUCUAAUGCAUCAAAUGAGUACUCGAUACCGUAAAGCACUCUGACUUCUCUCCUGAAAUGAUUGUUACAACUAUCUAGGUAAUAGACAAGAUGAAAAAUAUUCUGGCCAUCUCGGGCAGAACUAUAUUGUAUGUACAUAUUUAAAAAUCAUUGUCUCUUAGACCACUAUUUUUAUAGUGUAUUUGAGGCUAAAAAAAUAUAAGCCCUCCAUUAAUGCUAGCUAAAUUUGAGAGCUUAUUCCCGCCGGGCAGUGGUGGCACACGCCUUUAAUCCCAGCACUCGGGAGGCAGAGGCAGGCGGAUCUCUGUGAGUUCGAGACCAGCCUGGUCUACAAGAGCUAGUUCCAGGACAGGCUCCAAAACCACAGAGAAACCCUGUCUCGAAAAACCAAAAAAAUAAAAAAUAAAAAAAUAAAAAAAAGAGCUUAUUCCUGAUUUGAUCAAUCACUUGUAAUUUUAAAUCUUGGCUAAAAAUUAUAACAAAGGGAACCAAACCGGCUUUGUGGGAACCAAGCAUUCCCACGGUGGGAAUGAAUUGUCUAGUAUUUUCCUGAGUGUUCCAGAGAGUUGUUGUGAAGAAGAAAGGGGCCGAGUGUGGACUUAACUGGGGGAUGUACCGGUUGGCUGGAAGUUAGUUGUAAGGGCUAGGAGUCUAGAAAGAAAGCAAAAAGGGAACAGUACAUCAGCUGUCCCCAGAAAGCAGUGGCAUAUGAGAACCUGGGUAUAGCAAGAACCAAGUUUUGCAGAUGAUUUGAGUCGCACCAGAGAGGACUAGCAGCCUGCAAACUUCAUGCGACCAUAAUUUGGAGUCUGGACCACGGACCUCGCUUGGGUAGAUGCCCACUGUUGAAAGACUCAGAGCAGCAUUUCCAGGAGUUUUCUCUGUGUAAAUGGGAGUGCUGGGGCUUGUGUUGGCACUGAUGGGUCAAAAAAGGGACUCUCAGAAGUUGCCAGAGAAGCAGUCUGGAUAAACCCUCAUUGUUUUUUUUUUUUUUAGUUCUCAGAGGCACAAGGAGACUGUAGACUUGGUUUUGUUAGCAGGGUCAGCUGGAAGCAGGUUGUGACGAGCUGAGAUGCCCUAUCACACAGGUGUGCCCCCUGAGUGUAAGUAGGCUUUUAUCACCUGCCAAAGACUCCAGGCUCUGCAUCAUCAGUUGAAUUUGGCAGGUUAAUGGAAUGCCAGGAAUCCACGCGAGACUGCAUCUCAUGCGGCCCUCUUUCCCUUUCAGUGAAUAUUUGCAUUCUGAGAGGCCCUAGCAGGGCACCCAUGGCAUCUGAGCCCCUUUCAGGGAACCAUUGGAACUGCCCCCUCCCCGUAUUCAGAUGUCUGGUUAUUUAUUUUUGUGUGGCUUUUUUUUUUUUUUAAUAUGGGAAAAGAUAAGAAGACAAACAUAUAUCCUUCGGGUUAGAGGACUGAGACCCUUCAUUCUGCAGUUUCUUGUUGGUAGGGCCUGGGAGUUACUGGAACGAGCUGCACGUGGCUCUGAAGUCCUCCAAGUCACUAGGCUUCUGGUUCAUUCCCAGGAGGUUACGUGGGGUUCUGGGGUGGGAGUUUAGGAGGCUGAACCCUGCCUUCAGUUUGGAGCUUUGGCUGUGGCUUCAUUCUGUUCUCAGGCCCUUGGGGGAUGGUGGCUGACUCUCGCUCACAGAGCUGUACUUCUGUCUGUGCCGGCCGUGUUCUCGGAUGCACCCUCUGCCUUUGUGCCUUCUCCACCCAAUGCAAACUUGGGAAUGGAAGGAUCCUUGGUCUUCAUUCACCCAGCCACCUAGCAAACGUGCAUUCUGUCAUCAAGGUUGCCGGGGUGGAAAAAGCUCCAUCCACAAGAAGUUUCCAGGAUGGUGGGGACAACAGGUGGUACAGCCCAUGCUGUGACCUAUCACAACAAGCACCAUGCUGAGGAUAUUUGCCCUGCUCCCUGGAGCACAGGAAGAAAACCUGAAGGAUGGGGAAUGAAGGACGCUGUUGCAGAGGGUUUGGCCACAUCAAGCUAUGUACAAUGCUCUGCGUCCUGUAGAUGCUCAAUAAAGUCAUUGUUGACAGCA